UUUUUUUUUUACUAUGUUUAUGUAGUUUAUAUCAUUAUCUUAUUUUGUGUCACUAAUUAAGAGUUUAUAAGGAGUAUUUUAUCCCGUGAAUGCAAUCUGAGUAACGAUAAAAUCGUAUGAAUCACUUUUUCGCUUGCCGAUAAACUAAUUUUAUAAACUUUUUUUUUUUACUAUGUUAUAUCAUUAUUUCAUAUUUUGUGUCACCAAUUAAGAGUUUAUAAGGAGCAUUUUAUAGAAUUCGUCAAAAGUUACUCAUUUUGACAUUCACAUAAUUUGUAUUUCUAAAUAUGUUGAAAAAUAUCAUUCAUAAAAAGGAUAAAAAGACUGAUGCGAACAUCUAUAACGAAAUUGCUCGUCUCAACCUUGCCCAAAGACCAAAAAUCUACCUAUUUUCAUAUUUUACUAUAAAUGAGAAAUCUAAGUCUAGCGCCGAGACUGCUCUUUCCUUCUGUGAAAAUGACGAAGAAAAACUUGCAUACCUUAAUAACAUCUUAAGUUUAAUUGAGAGUUCUGUUCACUCUACAGUCAAUGGUGAUGAAAUGUCUAGUACUAGUACUGAGGCUGAGGAGAUGAAGUUUAAUGAUGCAGUUCUUAAAAAAUUUGUUCAGAAACUGAACCUCAAGCAACUUGAGCAAUUUGAGCCAUUAAAAGACAAAGAUAUAAAGAAAUUCUAUGAUUUUGCUGGGCCCGAUUUCACUUGGCCUUCUACAAGUGAUAUCAAUGAGCGCCGUGCCAUAUACGACUAUAUCACCGAUCCUGAUCCCCGUUUUCAAGAAGGUCAAGGGGAAGAAAUUGCAAUUAACAGGCUUGCAUACCGUCGCCUUAUUGAGACUGGAAGUUUGGAUUCAUCUAAAGGAAAAUAUGUUCAUAUUGAACAUGGAAAAUUAGUAGGUUAUGGGUCCGAGUUAUCAGAAGAGGAAUAUAUGGAGUUAAUAAAAAAAAAUCCUGGUAUGGUAUACUCUCUGAUUGAGCAAGAAGCGGUUAGAAUAAGAUUUUCCUCUACUGCAAAUAAAAAGGAAUGGCAGGUAAAUAUGCGAAUUCGGAAAAAAGUUGACCGUAACGACAUUGCGAUAAUUAAGAAUGUUGAACGUGACGACAUGAACAAUAUAGAUUUUCGUCUCAUAUUGGAUUCGGGGGCAGAAAUAACCGUUAUACCAUUUUUUAUAAGAACGAAGAUGACAUACGAUUAUGGUUGGAACACAAUCCCAACCAGAUUUAAUGGUUAUGGUUCGAAUUUAGAUAUUUUUAAGGUUUCUAUUCCUUGGGAGAUCUCAUUAGGCGAUGGGAGUAACUGGACGGAAUGGAUAGAAACUAGAGAAUUAUAUUGCUGGCAAUAUAAAAUUCCCAACAACGCCGUUGAUUGUGGUUUAGUAGGAUUCGAUAUAUUAAAUGCUUUAUAUCAAAUUAAAAUUCCAGGGAGGCCGUAUAUCUUUGUAACGCAACAUGACGGUAUGAACCAGUUGCAACAAAUUUAUAACAACCAUUGACAAUAGAUAGCUUAGGAUAAAAUUAGGGUUGUAAAAUUAUAGUAUCUUAAAAAAUUAUGUACAGUAAGUUAUAUGUAAAUUACAUUGGGAGGUUUCGGAAAUAAUAUCAGAAUAAUUAGGAAAUAAUAUUUUUCAGUAAGUAAAAUUAUAACAUAGUGAUUCCAAUUUCUAAAAUUAAUGAUUAAUUUUAAAAA